AUGGCUGAAGACGGCGGCGCAACGGUGGAUUCGCCUGAGUUGAAUGUAAGGUUUGACUGUUUGUUCCACCACGGAGGAGAAUUCAUGAAGCCUCACGACGGUGAGAUGAUUUACAGAGGCGGGGUUACGACGCUUAUCACCGGUGUACACAUUGAAAGGUGGUCUCAGACUCACAUUCAAAAGGUGGUAAGUGGGUGGGGAUAUGAAGCUGGGUCGUUUAGGUUAUGGACGAAAAUCCCUGAAAUAGAUCCUAAUUUUUUCCAGAUUAAAACUGAUUCUGAUGCUUAUGAUUUAGCUGCGUUUGCUUGUUCAAUGAGAGUAGAUGGUAAAUUGUUUGUUGAACACGAUGCAGAUAUACACAGUAGUAAACCUAGGUGUGUGAAUGAAAGUUUAGAGUUAGAGGUAAGUGAUGAAGAGAUCUUAGAAGGGAUGAAUGAUAGUGAGGAUGAGAGGGCCACGGCUCUUGAUGAUGGCUUUGGAUUGGUUGAUGUUACUUUACCAGUUAGUGAGGGCCCUCUUGUAGCUAGUUUGUUGACUUAUCCUAGUAAGGGUAAAGAGGAUGAAAAAGAGCAUAGGUUUGAAAAGUUUAAGAAGGAGGAGCUUAACAAGGAUUACAAAUUUAAAUGGGGUAUGGAGUUUAAUACCCUAAAUGAUUUUAGAGAGGCCAUCCGUGAGUGGACGGUUUUAAAUGGAAGGGAAAUUACUUUUGUUAAAAAUGAGAGUUAUAGAGUGAGGGUUGAGUGCAAGGCCAAAUGUGGUUUUUUAAUGCUUUGCUCUAAAGUGGGCCAUAAGCACAGUUAUGCCAUAAAGACUAUAAAAGAUACCCACACAUGUGCUAGGGUUUUGGAAAACAAAAGUGCAAGUUCUAAGUGGGUGGCUAAGGCUGUGGUCAAAAAGAUGAGAACAUCUGACAAGGUAAGGAUUUGUGACAUAAUCCAAGAUAUGAGACAAAAUUAUUCUGUUGGUAUAACUGUUUGUAGGGCAUGGAAAGCAAAGCUGAUUGCCAAAAAAAUCAUUGAAGGAGAUGCAGACAAGGAGUAUGCAAAUCUGUGGAGGCAUGCAUCUGAGUUGCAUAGGGUCAAUCCUGGAAACACUGUGAAGAUAAACAUAGAGAGGCCAUUACCUACCAUCCCACCAAGGUUUGGCUCUUUUUACUUCUGUUUUGAUGGAUGUAAAAAAGGAUUUACAAAUGGUUGUAGACCCUUCAUUGGGGUAGAUGGUUGUCAUUUUAAGACAAAGUAUGGAGGUCAACUACUGAUUGCUGUUGGAAGAGAUCCUAAUGAUCAAUACUUCCCUUUGGCCUUUGGGGUGGUGGAAACAGAAACCAAAGAGUCAUGGAGGUGGUUUAUACAACUGUUGAUGGAAGACAUUGGGCAGGACAAAAGAAUUGUGUUCAUCUCAGAUCAGCAAAAGAAGAAGUUUGGUGGAGGAGCAUUGAUAAGAGACUUGAUGAUGGGAGCAGCCAAGGCAACCUACCAACAAGCAUGGACAUUGAAGAUGAAUGAGUUGAAGGUUGUAGAUCCAAAGGCUUGGGCAUGGCUCAUGGCAGUUCCUACAAAGUCUUGGUGUAAGCAUGCAUUUUCAUUCUAUCCUAAGUGUGAUGUGCUUAUGAAUAACAUAGCUGAAUCAUUCAAUGCCACUAUUUUGAAUGCUAGAGAUAAACCUAUAUUGACCAUGUGUGAAUGGAUUAGAAAAUAUCUGAUGAGUAGGUGUAGUAAUUCUACUUUGAAACUAGACAAAUGGCCACACAAAGUGAUGCCUAUUCCUAGGAAAAGAUUGGACAAUGAGGUAGCUAUGAGUGGUCACUGGUUGCCUACAUGGGCUAUGGAAGAGAAAUUUCAGGUCACACAUGCUUAUAACAGGCAAGAGUUCAUAGUUGACAUUGCUAAAAAGAAUUGCACAUGUAAUUUUUGGGAUCUGGUAGGUAUUCCAUGUAGACAUGCUGUUGCUGCAUUAGGGUUUAGACAACAGAACCCAGAGGAAUUUGUUCAUGAGUAUUACACUAGAGACAGGUAUGCCAUGUGCUAUGGAUUUGCUAUUAGUCCAAUUAAUGGCAUUGACAUGUGGCCUGAGGUAGAAAGUGAGGAACUUUUACCUCCUAAAUACAAAAAGGGGCCUGGAAGGCCUAGGAAGCUAAGGAUAAGGGAAAGUGGAGAAGAGGGUGCAAGAAGAAGGUUACCUGGUGUAUCUUACAGAUGCACCAAGUGUGACAAGGUGGGCCACAAUGUUAAGACAUGCAAAAGCAAGAGGCAAAAUCAGAGUGCAAUGAAAAGAAAGAAGAAAAUGAGACCAAAUGCUAAUGAAGAAGGUACUAGCAAUGUUGAAAGCCAGUCUGCUCCAAUCAAUGAAGGAGGGCAACAUAAUGCUGGAAGCCAGUCUGCUACAAUCAAUGAAGACAAUGAAGAUACCAAGAUUGAUUCAUUGUUUGGGGAUGUAACUGAUGACAUGAUAAGCAGCAUUCCAGACUUCCAAUCUCAGGCAUCAACAAGCAACAAUUACAAGGGAAAGGGAAAGGGAAAGAUGAUUGACAAGUAG